AUGAUCCGCUCCACCUCAUACGAUGUGCCCUGUGAAGGUCAGACCACCCUGCUCAGUCGUUUGCCGGUGGGAGCUCUGGUCACACCUCUUGCAAAACAAAAUGCUGGAGAGAAGCCCCUCCCUGUGUGCACAGAACCAGAAUGUGUUGUGAGUUGUGGUUGGUGUGGAGCCUCCAUGUGCCCGGCGAUGGGCUGGCAGGACUGUGGUCAGAGAUUUUACUGCCCCUUCUGUGGUAAACUCAGUGAAGUGCCGUGGCAACACUACCAGCCCACCAAAGGAGUGGAGGGGGUUCGAGUUGAUAAAGACAAGAGACCUGAACUCAGUAUGGGGUCGUAUGAGAUAAUCAAGUCUCAGAAGGGUGAACCUGCUGCUCUGCUGCUAGCCUUAGAUGUGUCUGCCUCAGCGCUGAGAGGAGGAUAUUUGGAGUUUGUAACACAACAAAUACACUCUCUACUCACCUCUCUGAACAGGGAGGAUGGUGAUGCCUUUUCGGACGUCCGUGUUGGUUUGAUGACGUAUGACAGCAGGAUCCACCUGUAUGACCUCAGCCCCGCCCUGUCCCGCCCACACAUGCUGGUCAUCACAGAGACAGAAGACCUGCAGCUUCCUGUGAGGGAGGGACUUCUGGUGCCCCUCAAAGACUGUUUAGACAGUAUCAACAGUGUGUUGCAGCUUAUUCCUCAGUUCACUGCAGAGUGUGAUGACUCUAGUGGAGUUCCACUGGAGCUGCCUGUCAAAGCAGGGUUAGCUGUACUGCAGGCCCUGAGCUGUCCUGGCAAGCUGCUGAUCUUCCAUACUGCCCCUCUGAUAGAGAUAGGACACACAAACUCCUCCUCAGGGUUCUUUGGCUCCAAUAAACCAAAGUCCAUCUUUCAGCCAUCAGAGUCAGCCAUCUCAUUGGCCAAGGAGUGCGUCCGUCAGGGCUGCGGCAUUCACCUGUUUGUCCUCUCCCAACAAGACGUGGGCGGGGCUUGGCCAGGGCACAUUUCACAUCUAACAGGUGGAGCUCUGCACACCUACAGCCACCUCCAGGGAGAAUUGGACCGAGAGCGUUUCAGCACUGGAUUGCUGGACUGAAAGAGGAUUGUAGAGAUGGACACAGGCUACAAGGCUGAGCUCAGGAUUUUUGUCAGCAAAGAUUUACGCGUGUCCGGCUGUUACGGACUGUUUGUCCCUGGACCUAGCCCUGGCCAGGUCGCCAUGGCAACCCUUGAUUGGUGGACAACACUGGCUGUGGAGCUUGCCCACACCAGAGCUCUGGAUGAGACGAGAGGUGUAGCCAUACAGACUGUAUUGUCUUACAGCACCCAGACAGGAGACAGGAGGACCAGGGUUCACACUCUGACCCUGCGAUGCUCACGUCACCUUCAGGAUGCUUUCCGCCGCUACCAGGCCCAAACACUACUCACCUUCUACUGCAAGAAGAUGUACUGUGCAGUGUUGGAGCGCCCACUACAGGAGCUGAGGGAAGAGCUGUAGACAGAGAUAACAGAAGCACUGGUGUCCUACCGCAAACACUGCUGCUCUUCCUCAGUGUCUGGUGGACAGCUGGUCCUUCCUCAGUACCUGCGAGCUCUUCCUGUUUACACUGACAGUCUGAGGAAGAGUGAGGUGCUGCUGCCGGGCCUGAGGAGCUCCGUCCACCAGCGACUGCAGCAGCGCUGUCAGGUGCUCGGCAUGGACACCUGCAGCACUGCCACACACUUCUACCCUCUGCUGCUGCCUCUGCCGCUGUCGGUUGAGAACUCCAACCCUCCAAACCCAGAGAAUGCACUGCGCUGCUGUGCUGCCAGCCUGGAGCCCAGAGGUCUGUAUCUGGUCCACGCACCCCUCACUGGGCUCCUCUGGGUGGGAACCCAAGUCCCAGCGAGCACCCUGGUCGAGCUCUUUAACACCAGUUGCUUCUCCUCCCUGCCCUCUGGAGAGACCAAGCUGCCAGUUCUGGAAAACCCUCUGUCCGUUAGUAUUCGAUCCCUCAUCAACACGCUGAACUCCCAGAUGCCCUGCGGCCGCAAGCUGUGGGUGGUGAAGCAGGGUGACACCUGUGAGGAGGCUCUUCAGUGCCACCUGGUGGAGGACAAGAGUCCCAAUGGAGGAGCGUCCUAUGCAGACUUCCUCUAUCAUCUUCAUGUCAACUCUGUCCGGCUGCUGCAGUGACACACACACACUCACACAUUUCCUGACCUCUCUUGGUGCAUUAUCCUCUACAAAAAGAUGCACUGCAGCAUAUUUGUCUAUAAUGAAUUAAAAAAAAAAAAAAACAAGGAGAGUAACAAAAGUAUUAUUAGACAUUAUUGCAGUGUAGAAAUAUUAAAGGCCUGUUAUCAGAGAUUCAGGCAGUGCAUGAGGAUUUUAAGAGAUCACUUUAUUUAUUUGACGACUGCUGUGAUAUUGUAUGUGUGAUGUGUGGUGUGACGAAUGUGAUCUGUGCUCUUGUGAAAAUGUGUUUAUGAUGUUAAUUUAUUCCUGCGUCAUGGCAAUUCUCUAAUCCCUCCCUGAGAUUUGCGAGCGCGUG